AUGGAGACUGUUCUGCACACCUUGGCGAACAUCUUCGUGUUCGUCAUCAACCUGGAGCGGCAGAAGCAGCGGAGGAAGACCACCCUCGAGCUCCUCCGGGCUUGCGGCUUUUCCGCUGCCCAAACGAAAGUUUUUCCUGCAGUCGACGGCAGAGUUUUGCAUCGGACGACGUCUUCCCGUGUCACCGACAGACUCCGGGUGUCGGACCUUUCCUUGCCGGGGGCUAUAGAUCUCUGGGGGCAGUAUGGGUGCAAAAAGUCCCACGAGGCUGUUCUCAAAUUGGUCCGGGAGCGACUCAGCAGGGAAAAGAUGAUGUUGGUAGUGGAGGAUGACAUCCUGGUGAACAAGACUCAUGGAGGGCCCAAGGACUUUAUGCCUGCGCUGGCAGCAUUUGUCGAGCAACUCAACGAGAAACAUCCGCAAUGGGUUUACUUGCUACUGGGUGGUCGUGCAGUGUUUGGCAACGACGGGCGGAACGGCAAGACCACCAUCCCAGGGAUUUCCAAGGCUGGGUAUGUUCUGCAAGCCCAUGCCGGGCUGUGGCGGCAGACAGACAGGCAAAUGGAGUUGGGUUUCAACAACGACAAUGCUGUCGCAUCUGCGAUGUCCCGCUUUCCAGGCUUGAGCUUCUUCUUGCAGCCAUCUCUUUUGUGCCAGAACACAAAGUUAGAGUCCAACCUGCAGAUUCUAUCCUCUUCUGGAGGUCAAAUUGGAUAUGACAAUGCUCGACGAAUGGCGACAGGGCUCUCCAGAAAGACCAUUUCGAAGAUCACAGAGAAGAAGGUCCCACAGUCCUCAAACCAGCGGCCGGUGAAUAAGACAGGGCUGAAGAAGGCCCGGGCCGCAAUUGCUGCCAAGGGUGGGUCGUGCAAGGCAGGCAACGGCUCCAACAAGAAGGCCAUCGAGAAAAAAAUUAGAUGCUUGAAGGCCUUCGUCAAGCAACACCAGACCUUUCCGACACGAAACAUUGCCCUGUCCAGGUGGGGGAUGAGCAAGUCUGUUUGGGAACGUGCUCGGGCGGAACAUUUCGAUGGAUGA